AUCUGACGUGAUAGAGACGUAGUGCCUAUAAGUUUGGGAAAUAGUGUUCGUCUUACGUGGAUGUACACGGAUUUGUGAUGUGUAAUUCCAUGAGGUGUAUGUAAAUACGGUUUCCGAAUGUCCUAUAUUCACGCUGGUAACCAGGCCGAAUGGGAUCGGAUAUCCCGUAUAAGAUGAUUGCUGGAGCCGUUUGAAGAAUCGGUCGUCAUUUUAUGACAAUUUAUUUAGAAGCUGUUUCCAUUUUUGUAUACGUUAAAUAACCUGGAGGAUGAUGGAUUGGUCCAGACCCUUCUCUUAAGAAGGCAUUCUUUAGGAUAUCUGAAUAAUGUGAAAAAUUGUGUAAGCUGGCCGAAUGACCUUAUGCAGUCGUGGCCAUUAGAAGUAAAGAAGAAAGAAGAACCCACGUACCGACGUGAGCAUAAUCCUAAUAAUAAUGGGCCCAUUUGCGAAUGCAAAUACUAAAAAAAAGUGGAGCGAAAUUAACAAACAGAAAAAAGAACGCAACAAAAAAUGGAAGGAAGAGAAGUUGAUGAAGAAGGCCGAGAAACGAAAAAGGAAACUCGAUGAAGCGAGCGAAGGCCCGAAAGAAAAGAAAGUUAAAAAGCCGAAAGAAUUGUCUACCUUGUCCAUAGCCGUGCCCGGUUCCAUCCUCGACAAUGCCCAGUCUGCCGAGUUGCGCACUUACCUCGCGGGUCAAAUAGCCAGGGCCGCAUGUAUUUUUCAAGUGGACGAAGUUAUCGUAUAUGAUGAUUAUUCCGAUGAAGCUAGCGCGAAAAAAUCUAAAUUUAAUGACGAAACGGGACUUGAAAAAGUGGCAAGGCAGAGCUGUGUCAAACUAGGUCGGAUUUUACAGUACUUAGAGUGCCCACAGUACCUCAGAAAGAGCUUUUUUCCAAUUCACAAUGAUCUUAAAUUUUGUGGCUUAUUGAACCCUCUGAAUGCGCCUCAUCAUCUCAGUACCAAAGACGAUUUUGUAUUCCGGGAAGGUGUCGUACUGAAUACUCCAGUAAAAGAAGGCAAAGGAUCCCUUGUUAAUGUGGGCUUGCUCCGGCAAGUUCGGGUAGACAAAUUGCUUUUACCUGGUGUUAGGUGUACUGUGAAACUGGAACCAUCAACAUCCAAGAAACUUAAGGGGGUGGUAGUGUCUCCCAGUGCUCCCAGAAAUGAAACCGGGAUUUAUUGGGGUUACAGAGUGAGGAUAGCAAACUCAUUGUCCAAAGUAUUUUCUCAGUGUCCAUAUGAAGGAGGGUAUGACAUUUCCAUAGGCACUUCGGACAAAGGAACAUCUGUAGACACAUUUGAAUGUACCAAAUACAAACAUCUGUUAAUAAUGUUUGGAGGGCUGCAGGGUUUGGAAGGAGCCCUGGAGAGCGAUGAAACCUUAAAUACUGAUGAUCCCAGUUUGCUUUUUGAUCACUAUUUAAACACUUUACCCCAGCAAGGCUCUAAAACAAUUAGAACCGAGGAAGCUAUCUUGAUUAGUCUGUCUGUUUUAAGGCCCAAAUUAAAUCCUGAGACUAAGUGUCCUGAAUUUGAUGAAGCGGACAUGGAAUAUAGGGAAAGUUCCCUCGCCAAGGGUGACAAUACAAAGGUCCAACAAGAGGCAGAGGAGCAUUCUGAUGAUUUGUCAAAAUUUGAUUGACUGUAUUGGUAACAAAAAAAUGUUUUACCG